UUGGCCAACAAUUCUAGGUGGGCGGCAUUCAAUAUCCGAUGAGCCAUUGAAGGAAGACAUACAAAGUCUAUAAAUUGUACGAUAGAAUGGAUAAUUGAAGAGUUGUGGCGCACUGAAGUAAAGUGGUGCAGCGGGUCUAGACAACGAGAUCAUAUCCUUCUUUCACACCUCAUGUAAUAUACAUAUCUACUCCCCGCCCCCAACCUCCUCAUAUUAUAGUCUCCAAAAAUCAGAGAGACAAAGAGUUCUAUCGAUCCUUCAAACUCCUCUCCCCUCUCAUCCUCCUCCUCCUCCUCUUCUUCUCUCUCUCUCUCUCUCUCUCUCUCUCUCUCUCUCUCUCUCUCAUACCUCUUGGGGUGCUACAAUGAUAUACUCCAUCCCAACAACCACCCCAACUCUCCUCAACCAAUGUCUCCAAACCACCAGUUCCCACUCCUCCCAAUUGUAGCUCUCUUCAUACUAGUACUCUUUGCACCCACCGCCACCGAAUCCUUCAUCCCCUCCGCCUCUCUGUCGACGGUGGCAAUCUCCCACAUCUCCAACAUCACCCUGGUUUGCGCCUUACUCCCUGCCGGCGAUAAGACCUACCACCUCAACUGCACCAGCCUGCCGAAGAGGUCCCAGCACAACUACCCCUCCGGCCGCUCCGGCUUCUCGGCCAUCGCCGCGGGCGAUGGCUUCCUCUGCGCGCUCGGCCCCGCGCCCACUCCCGCGCCCCCGCCCGAGUCGACGAUGCGGUGGUGGGACUUCGCCCAGAAGACCAAGAACGGAUCCGCGCCCGACUCCAAGCGCGUCUACAGGGGCACGCCGCUCGCCGCGCUGUCGGCCGGGGAGUCGCACGUGUGCGGGCUGCAGGGCGUCGGCGUCGGCGGCGGCAAUCUCACCUGCUGGCGCUGGCCGGAGCUGUCGGUGCCGCCGGGUUUAGAGUUCUUCGAGAUCGGCGUGGGCGGGGACUUCGUCUGCGGGCUUCUGCGCGGGUCGGGGGAGAUCAGGUGCUUCGACGGCGGCGGCUGCGGCGGCGGCGGUGGCGGCUGUCUGGUCUGCUGGGGAGCGACGGCUCCGCCGUUGGGAGAGGCGCCGGUCGCGGGGAUCAGCUCGCUGGCGCUGGGGACGAACCGCACGUGCGGGCUGCGGAGCAACGGGACGGUGCUGUGCUGGGGCCCGAACGCGGGGCCCCCGAGGGGGCUGGCGGAGGCGCAGUUCGUGGCGAUCCAGGCGCGCGGGGACGCGCUGUGCGGGGUGCUGAUGGCCAACUACUCGCUGGUUUGCUGGGGGAGCAAGGCCUUCGCGUCGAACCGCCUCGUGUUCGACUACGUGCUGCCGGGGCCCUGCGCGCCGCUCGCGUCUUGCAGCUGCGGGAUCUUGGCCGGGUCGGGGAACGUCUGCCCCAACUACGGCGGGAUCUGCCAGCGCUGCGCGGUCGAACUGCCGCCGAGCCCUGCGAACGGGUCCAAGAGGGGCAGGAGGAGGGCGAUUUUCAUCGCGGUCGGCGUGAUCGGUCUCGCGAUCGGGCUGGCGGCCGCGGCCUUUUUCUUCGUCGCGCACCGCCGGAACUCGUGCCGGGUGCUCCAGGACGCGGGGCGGAUCCACGCGGAGCCUGCGCAGGCUCAGGCGCAGCCGCAGCCGCAGCGGCUGCUGCUGCGGGGCGUCCCCAGCGCGCGCUCCUCCCGGGCGCCCGGCGGCGCGGACUCGCCGACGACGAUGGAGAGGCGGCUGUCGGCGCUGAUCGGGAAGGGCCCCAGCAGCACCAUCGAGCGGUUCCCGCUCGCGACGCUUCUCGCCGCCACCGACGCCUUCUCGGAGGGCCACAAGAUCGGCUCCGGCAGCUUCGGCUCCGUCUACCGCGCCGUGCUCCCCGACGGGCGCGUCGUCGCCAUCAAGCGCGCCGAGCCCCCCUGCCCCUACGCCGCCGCCGCCGCGGCGUCCGCGACCACCUCGUCCGCGUCCGCGUCCACCUCGGCCGCCCUCCCCGCGAAGCGCCGCGACCGCGAGUCGGCGUUCCUCUCGGAGCUGGCGCUCCUCUCGCGCGUCAACCACAAGAACCUGGUCCGGCUCCUCGGCUUCUGCACCGACCGCGCCGAGCACGUCCUCGUCUACGAGUUCGUGUCGAACGGCGCCCUGCACGACCACCUCCACAAGCGCGCCCCCAUCGCCCCUCCCCUCGCCUCGUGGAACGCGCGCCUGAAGCUCGCGCUCGACGCCGCGCGGGGCAUCGAGUACCUGCACGCCUACGCCGUCCCGCCGAUCAUCCACCGCGACAUCAAGCCCUCCAACAUCCUCCUCGACGACUCCUGGACCGCCAAAGUCUCCGACUUCGGCUUGUCCUUAUUAUUAAGCACCGGCGAGGACGACGACGACGACGCUCACGACACUCCCCGCGCGGCGGGCACGGUCGGGUACAUGGACCCGGAGUACUACAGGCUGCAGCACCUAACCGCGAAAAGCGACGUGUAUAGCUUCGGAGUCGUCCUGCUGGAGCUGCUGUCGGGUUGCAAAGUGAUUCAGAAGUACGAGGAGAGCGGGACGCCCCGGAAUGUCGUCGAAUUCGCGGUGCCGCACAUCGUGGCGGACGACGUCCACCGCAUACUCGACCAGCGGCUGCCGCCCCCGACGCCGAGCGAGAUCGAGGCGGUGGCCUACGUCGGCUACCUGGCGGCCGACUGCGUUAGCCCGGUGGGCCGCAAUCGGCCCACAAUGACGGAGAUUGUAAAUGGGCUCGAGCGGGCCGUCUCCGCUUGCGGAACGCCUAAUCUGUCGCGCUCCGGCACGGAACGGUCCGGCUGACACGUGCCAAAGCACCAAACAAUGUUAUUGAACCAACAGAACCAUUUUGCUGACAUAAUUUUUUCUUUUUUUUUUAAAAUCAUAUUUUGUUUUAUUUUUGUUGCUUGAAUUUUUUUUUUUUUUUUUUUUAGAGGUUUGAUUGAUUCGGUUGUAAUCACAUUCAUUAAUGAAGAUUGAAGGUGCAAAAAAUUUAUGAUAAAGUGGUGGGAAAAAAGAAACGAGGAAAAAAGAACAUAAUUUUUCUGGC